AUGUCUGAACCACGAGGAAUUCUAAGAAAUAAAGCUGAAGCCCGCCGCCUGUCGCUGAACGGUGAAGGGGACCUUGAUAGGUCGGAAGUUAUUAGGAACACUCGGUUAAAUGCACAAUUGAACGCCGAGUCUUCCAAAGGCGAGAGAAUAAGAGCCAAGAUCGCCGAGGCCAAGGGCUCUAAUGGCGACGAGAAGACGCCAGAACACUUGAAGUGGGAUGAAAUCAACUUGUACAAGACAGAACAAGAGAAGGCUGCUACUAUGAAGAUUGACGAGCCUAAGACUCCUUAUGAGGGAGGUUUCAACCCGGAAGGAGAGUACUACCAGAAUGACGACGACGAGGAAGAGGAGAUUCCCGACUUUUCUCUCGGAGAAGGACAAUUUGAUGGCGAAACCAAGCCAGAAGAAGAUGACAGGAUAAUCAGGGAUGAAGGGGCUAUCGAAGACGACGAGGACGACGCCGAGGAGGAAGAGGAGCCCUUGACAGCAGAGGAAAGACACAAGAAGUUUGAAGAGAUGCGUAAAGCCCACUACCAUCUAGCUGCCAACCCGCUCAAACACAGAAUUGAUGUGUCGGACGACGAUGACGACGAGUCUGGCAAAAACUAA